UAAAACUUACAACACACGAGUUCCGUCCGUGGCGAAUGAAGGUCGUAUAUAAAAGUAUUAUUAAAAAAAAAUUGCCCAUGUGGGUGUAAAUAUAUAAAAUGGGUGUUUUUAAAUACAUAACUGUGUUAUUUAUAUUAUUUGAGUGUAUAUUGUGUAAAAAUAGAACUGGAACUCCAUGUAGUGAGGAUGAUUUGACUGGAGUUUGCAAGCGGAUCUAUCAGUGCCCUUAUGCUAUUAACAUAGUUGAUGGAGAACAGAAGAAACCUCCUACAUGCCAGUACGAUGGUGACGUCAGAAUUGUAUGCUGUCCCUCGCAAAAUCUCCUCUAUCGGACCGGUGUUUUCAAGGAAUAUUUCAAGGGGUCAAACGAUGGUGUUAUAAGAUCAAAAGACAUGACCUGCCGUUACGAAGGCAAGCAGCCUAUCCUCUGUUGUCAGAACAAACCUGACAUACCGGAUCCACCAGAACCGAAGCAAUGUCCUCCACUGCCGCAGCCAAAAUUGAAAACGAAAAUCCAACAUUUCACCUGGCAAAAAUGCGUUGACUACCAACGAUAUUUCAACAAAUGCAUCUCGAUUGACGAGCAUCCUAAUAGUUUCCAAAGAAAUAACACUUGCGGUAUACCGAGUAACGUUACAGUGUUCAGAAUAUUUGGGGGCAGCAAAGCUUCUCCCAGACAAUUCCCACACAUGGCGGUGGUCGGCUGUCACAACUCUGUAUUCACUGAUGAUGUCGACGUCAUCUGGGUAGGAGGGGGUUCCCUGAUCAGUGAGAAGUAUAUAUUAACUGCUGCACACGUUUUGGUGGAAAAUUUACACGGUCGAAUUCGUUACGCAAUGAUGGGGACGCUGUAUAAGAAUGACACGAAAUCGGGGAUUCUAUAUAAUGUCAUAAGGACAUUAAAUCACAAAUCUUAUCAGAAAGGGUCUAAGUUACAUGAUAUAGCUUUAUUGGAACUCAAUGAACGGGUGAGGUUCAACGAGUUUAUCCGGCCAGCUUGCUUGCCUGUACCUGGACGGGAACUGGAAAUUGAGAGGAGCAUAGCCGGAUGGGGGGAAACUGAUGAAAGGGGAGGGAAAGGCUCUCAAAUCCUGCUCACUGCAACUGUUUCUGAAGUUAAACAUAUUUGCGAGCGAAAAUUCGACAGCAGCACCUUCACACCGCUGACUAUGAUUUGCGCUGCAGGGGACUUUGGGACAAGUGACGCUUGCAGGGGUGAUAGUGGAGGUCCGUUAAUGGCACAAUUCAAAAACCUAAACUGCUCGUACUCGAUAGAGGGCGUGGUCUCGUAUGGACCGCGGUGUGGACAAAGCGUAGGUGUGUACACUCGUGUCGAGUAUUAUUUAGAUUGGAUCGUUGAAAACGUAUGGCCGGAUGAAUGGCGGGCUUUUCAAGAAAUGAAUCGAAAUAAAUAGAUUUUAUAUA